AUGAAAAUACACUUAAAUACAGAGGCAGCACUGGUCGCUGGUGACAUUUCUGUAUCUCAUUGUGCGCUACCUUGGAAUCCUCUUUGCUGCCCUGGAAAUCCUGAUCAAUGUUCCGACCAUUUUGCUGACAGAUACAGUGGGUCUUCUGCUGCACAUAUACCUACUAUUUCCCUUCAGUUUACCGCGGUACCUUUUAGCAAUGUGAGUUGGAUUCUGUCUGUCGUAUGGAAUUGGACGGGUAUUGUGGUAUUUGCAAUACUGUGGAUCAUCAUCAUCACUCGGUUAUAUGCCAUGUAUCAACGAUCCAGAAAGAUCCUGAUAUUUCUCAUCGUCACCCUCCUGGCUAACAUAAUCUUCAUUGGAGUGGUAGCUAUAAUUAUAAUGGCACAUGCUUCAGUGGAGGAAUUCAUUCUCUCCGGGACUUAUCAGUGCUUGAUUGGCUUUCGGGGAGAUCUCCCACUUCUGACUUCUGUUAUGUGGAUACUCACCACUGUGUGGGAGGUCCUCACACUGUGUCUCGCACUCUGGAUUGCAGUAAAACACUUCCGUGAACUGCGACGACAUCCGACAGGAGGGAUUAUGAAGGACUGUUUUACGGUUUUGAUGAAAACCCAUCUGCUUUACUUUGUGAGCUUUGUCGCAGUUUCUUGCCUUCAGCUCGUUAUUCCAACAUUGUCAACGGAAUAUUCCUUAGAUGCUCAGAUUUAUUCUGGGUUUCUUCGGAUUUUGGAGGUUGUGCAGAUGUUUGUGUUGGGACCACGCCUGAUCCUUGGCGUUCGAGAAUUUAACGCAAAGCUCGUGGCUGACUCUGACGCAGCAACUUGUAUGACCUCAAUCGCCUUCCAGGAGCGCAUGCAUAUAUCGACUGGCAGUACUGUGUGACACACAAG